AACACACGCACAGUGAUUUCAUAAUCCUGCUGCUCCUGUUGUGUAUAUAAAGGAAGGAGUUUCUGUCAGAAAUCAACAGCUUUCUGCCGUACAGAAGACUUCAUCCAGCCACACACCAUCUCUGCACACUCGAACCCAUAAUGUCCUUCAUUGCUGAGCUCCAAGUGUCUUUGAACAAAGCCGAUGAGUUCAUGCUCCAUGAACAAGGCUUCAAGAAAAUCUUUGUUAAUCUGAAUGAAGGAGCAGGGGGAAACUCCGUGUACCUCCGGUACAAAAAAGGCAACAAUGCAAUUACCAGGAUUCAGAUUUCCUUCAACGAUAUGAUGACCAAGGGUCUGUCCAGUGCAGGGUUCAAAAAGAUCGACAAAAACCUCAACGAGGGAGCAGGUGGAAACCUUAUCUACCUGUGGUACUACAAAGGUUCCUUAAAGUACGAUGUUCCCAUCAAGAAACUUGAUGUCUCAGUACAAGCAGCAGAUGAACCCCACAAGUAUAAAUUGGGCUGGGAGAGACUGGCCUGUGACCUGAACCGUGGCACUGGAGGAAACUGGAUCUAUCUGUGGUUGAAGAGAGAGAACCCCACCUACAUCUGUGACAUCAAGGCCACUGCUAAAUUUGAGGAAGAUGAAGACAACUUCAAUGAUGGCUACAUCCAGAUGAAUGAAGACACUAACAGGGGAGCAGGAGGGCCCUACAUCUUCAUCUGGUACCGUCAGACCACGGCCCCCAAGGACACCAUCACUGAGCUGGAAAUCUCCACCAAUGACAAUGAGCAAAAGGGCUUUCAAGAGCAAGGCUAUGAAAUCGUCAACCAGGAUCUGAACGAGGGCACUGUAGGAAACAUGGUUUUCCUGUGGUACAAGAAAGACAGGGGCAGCACCUGUCUUUCUUGUCACCCUGCUCACCGACCCAACAGCAAAGCAGGCGUAUGAGAAAGAGGGGCUCAAAGUGAACCCAAAAAGCCUCAACACAGGCAUCCUGGGAGCUGCUCCUGUGUACCUGUGCUAUUAUAAGUGAAAGCGGUCAUGGUAAAAGAAGUGAGCACAUUCACUGAGCAGAAACCCAGAGGUUUGAUGAUGUUUUUAUUCUUUAAUGAUGUUCAAUCACUGUGAUCUCAGAGGUUUGUCUCCACCAGCGCUCAUUGAUCCUCCAACCAACCGGUUUGAUUAGCUUUGCAUCACUUAAUUCUGAUGAUUGUCUCUGUUUCAAUAAAGUCUCUUUAGCAUCUG